CUGCGCUGCGGAGAAAGUGAAGUUCGCGCCCGGCGUCCGCGCGCCGAGGCUGGGAGGUCGCGAGGCCCCGGCGACCCCUGAGGGCCGUGGCCUGGGAGGAAGAUGGCAGAUGACCAGGACCACAUGGAGAAACAGGCAGCCGGGGAUUCUGUGAGUCCAGAUGCAGUUGAUGCAAAGCCAGACCGGUCCUCAUUUGUAGCAAAACUGUUAAGUAAGAAGAAGAAAAGUGGCUCUUCACGAUCAUUCAGGCCCCCCCGGGACCGAGUACCUACAUUCCAAUAUGAUAUGAACUUCGAGAAGGUGGGGAAAUGUAUCAUAAUAAACAAUAAGAACUUCGACAAAGUGACAGGUAUGGGUGUCCGAAAUGGAACAGACAAAGACGCUGAGGCCCUUUUCAAGUGCUUCCAAAGCCUGGGGUUUGAAGUGGUGGUCUAUAAUGACUGCUCUUGCUCCAAGAUGCAAGAACUGCUUAAGCAAGCUUCUGAGGAGGACCACAGCAAUUCAGCCUGCUUUGCCUGCAUCUUAUUGAGCCAUGGAGAAGAAAAUUUAAUUUAUGGAAAAGAUGGUGUGACACCAAUAAAGGACUUAACAGCCCAUUUUAGGGGAGAUCGGUGCAAAACCCUUUUAGAGAAACCCAAACUCUUCUUCAUUCAGGCUUGCCGAGGAACAGAGCUCGAUGAUGGGAUCCAGGCUGACUCAGGACCUAUCAAUGACACGGAUGCGGAUGCUAAUCCCCGCUAUAAGAUCCCAGUUGAAGCUGACUUCCUCUUCGCCUACUCCACGGUUCCAGGCUAUUACUCAUGGAGGAGCCCGGGAAGAGGUUCAUGGUUUGUGCAGGCCCUUUGUUCCGUCCUGGAUGAGCAUGGCAAAGACCUGGAGAUCAUGCAGAUCCUCACCAGGGUGAACAACAGGGUGGCCAGGCACUUUGAGUCCCGGUCUGAUGACCCCCGCUUUGAUGAGAAGAAGCAGAUUCCUUGUGUGGUCACCAUGCUCACCAAAGAACUCUACUUCUGCCAGUGACCCGCCUUCUAUCCAAGGAGCUACAGAUCGGUUGUUGACAAGUCAGAUUAUUAUUAAUGUUUAUUAUUUUGAUGUGUUUGAAAGAUUCAGAAAUGUUACGAGAUUUUACUUUCAGGAAAUUUUAUUGAUUCAGCAGGGAAGAAACUCUAGGGAUUUCCAGAACCCUUGGAGUUUUCAGACUUUCUUUGUUUUCACUCUGUUGCUCAUUUGUUGACUUUGUAAUUUGCUCUUAAGAUUAAUUUCCUGUUGGUAUUUCUUUCUCCUUGUCAUCACACCUAGUUGGCAUGCUGUAAAGAUGACUCUAGGGGAAGACUGUGGGCUGUGUCUCCUGUCACUGGUGGGGAAAUCUGUGGAGAGUUAGGGUCCUAUCCCUGGCAAAGAAAAUCUCAGUUUGUUUGGGUAUUUUUAAGAAAAAAAAAUCACAGAACAGCUAAAGGGAUAUUCAUUGGCCUAUAUUGUG